ACAUGGCGGACGCUGAGCGAAGUUUAGACCGUGGUUGGGGGAUAUUGUGCGAUAAAUGAGCAAAUUUUCGUGUUUUUCUGUGAACGACAAUCUUCUGUGACUUGCGUUUCUUCUAACGCAUUUCUUGCAGCCCGUUUAAAUCGAUGUUACGCAGGUUGUGAAGAGAAACAACACAUUCUUUCAACUUUCUAAUGCCGGUAAACGCACAGCAAUCUGCUCUUCUUAAUCAGACUGACAGCUCAUUGCAACUCUGUUUGUGUUUAUAUCACAACUUAUGACGAGUUUAACAUUUUCAUAUCUAGUUGACGUAUUAAUUUCAGUCUUUAUAACAUGACCUUGUGUUCAAUAGUUUUGUUCAUUCAUCAGUAACAGGUGGAUAUUGAGAUGACAAUCCAUCGUUUCACUAUAUAUUUUACUUUAAGUUUUGUACUGUAAUACCCCACAAAACGAUGUAGUUUUAAGUACCCCUGAAAUCCACUAUGUUGUUUUUACUUUAAUUUUGCCGACUUGUUAUGCCGUGAAUAAUUUUUUUUCGGAAUUGUGACGUCACUCGCGACGCUAAAUCCGCACAUUUUCAGCUAUUUUGCGAGUUUUAAGUUCGCAACAAUGUGCAAACUUCUCAAAUAUUGUUUUAGCCACUUUCUGUAUGCGACCAUGACAUGGCUGGAUGAAGCCAACAGAGGGCUAAAUACGUGGUCAUCUGUUCGAUACCUCGGUUACCUGUCCAGCUUGAACUCCCUGGUGGCCAUUUGCCUGGGACUUUAUGUACAAUGGGAGAAAACUGCAGACACUAUAAUUUUAGUCAUUUUUAUUUUGGGCCUCUUCGUUCUUGGGGUUGCCUGCAUUCUCCACUACUAUUUCGCUAUGGAGAAAGUUAGCCUGUUUCUGUUGCAUCUUUGGUUUGGUUUCCUUCUUGGUUUGCUAUGCUUCGUCAAUGUCCCAUCCAAAGAGCUCGAUAUUAAGGAGCAAGUGGCUAACUAUAUGUUAACAGCGAGCGUUGCAAUAAGAAUCCUUUGGGCUUUGGUUGAAAGAAUGUGUGGUUGUACUCGACAUCAACCCGCGUUCCUUACCUCAAGGGAAGCUUUGGAGCUCACUGGUUUUGCUGUGGCUAGCACCCUGGUUAGCUACAAAUCCAUAAGCCUCAUAGUUCUAACACUCGCUUUAGCUGCUCUAAUUAUGGUCUUGCGCAUGAAGUCCCCUUUGGCUCUCCAAAACCUGGUCUGCUUCUCAGGAGUCGCUGCGUUUUUCUUCCAGGAGUCUUUAGGGGUGUCCACCAACCCCUUUGCAUUGUCUUGUUUUUUCAGUCGUCUUGUCUGUGACCCAUUCCUAGACGUCUACUUUAGUGGACUUUCUGUAACUGAACGUUGGUCUCCGCUGCUCCUAAGAAGAGGCCUGUGGAGACGCUUCACGCUUCUGCCGUUGUUGGUUGUGGAGGUGACGUUUCUUGUCAUGGCUUCUCUGAAGAUGAGAGAUCUGGAUCGGUGGUACCUGCUCAUCCCUAGUCUUUCAGCGUCUGCUGUUUUCUGGAUCAUCUGUCAUCUGGUUUUUCUCGUCACGGUCUGGGGUUUUCACAGUAAGCUGAGUGACUGUCAGAGAUUGUGUACUGCGCACAUGUCUGAACCUGGAGAACUGGACCGGAUCAUGGCAUCUAAAGGGAUGCGGCACUUCUGUCUCAUAUCAAAACGCCUGGUGCUCUUCAGCCUGGUCUCCACAGUCAUACUCGGGGCUCUGGGUUGGCAGUCGUCCAACAGUCUGUUCAUCUCCUUGUUUCUGCUGGUCCUGCCUCUCGAGUCUUUAGCCCACGGGCUCUUCCUUGAGUUGGGAAACAGUCUUGGUGGAACAUGUAUCGGUUACGCUGUGGUGAUUCCUACUAACUAUUGCAGUCCAGACGGUCAGCCCACCCUGCUCCCUCCAGCUCAUGUACAAGAGCUCAACCUUCGUUCCACUGGGAUGCUCAACAACGUGCAGCGCUUCUUCUCUCAUCACAUGAUCGAGACCUACGGUUGCGAUUACUCCACGAGCGGCUUGAGUCUGGAGGCCCUCCAGGCCAAACUCCGCAUAUUCAUGGAGGCGCACACGACUGACGGCCCACGACACGACACCUACGUGCUCUAUUACAGUGGACACACACACCGCAGUGGAGAGUGGGCACUAGCAGGUGGAGAUGUGCUGCGUCUGGAUGAGAUUGUGCAGCUUUGGAGAGAGAAGAACGCUGGAUUCUGCUCUCGCCUCAUCAUUAUCCUGGACACUGAUAACUCUGUGCCCUGGGCGAAGGAGGUGCAGAAAAUCGAGGGUCUUUACAUCGCAGUUCAAGGGGCUGAACUCUCCAGUCCCACAGACCUGGAGCUCCAGGACGCUCCUCAGCUCGGCGACUUCACCACUCAAUGGGUUGAUUUUAACUGCAACCCUGACAGUAUAGUUCGGUUUUCAGAGCGCGGCCGGUCUGUUCGCGCGGUUUACGGUAUUUCCAGACACUGGAGCGACUAUAAGCUUCAUCUGCCCACUGAUAGUGAUGUCACCAGGCACUGGAGACUCUAUUUUCCACGUGUGACUUACCCUGUGGUUCAACUUGCACAUUGGUGUGGUGGGUUGAAUAUGUUCUGGGUUUGCGGAUACUGCGUUCGGCUGCUACGGAGAGUCAAACUUACGUGGUUUCCACCUGCGGUGCUUGACACGGGACAAGGGUUCAAGCUGGUCAGAUCGUAGAAUAAUGUUCUGGAUGGCGAGGAUACUGUAAAAGCAGCUGAUGGGGAGUAUGGACAAGUUGAUUUGGGUUGUGUGGACCAGUGUGGCAAUUUCUAAAAUCUCAGGUGUGAAAAUUCUCUCCAUAUAUAUAUGUGUGUGUGUGUGUAUGUUGUUUUUUUUUUGAUGGUAAAAAUAGGUAGAACUGACCAACUUGCUAGAAUGUGAUUUGGGUGUCUUCGUCACUCUAUAAGGGUUUUUUGUGGAGGAAAAAAAUCUGGUUCUGGGUCAUAAUCACCUAAAUUAUUAUAAAAUAGUUUGUUUUGCAUAAAGAAAUAUAUAUAUAUAUUUUAUUUAUUUAAGAUAUUUAGGAUAACAGCACUAAUAUAGUAUAUUAUAUUAUAUUAUUCUAUAUUAUUCAUUCAUUCAUUUUCUUUUCGGCUCAGUCCCUUUAUUAAUCUGGGGUCGCCAACGCGGAAUGAACCACCAACUUAUCCAGCACGUUUUACGCAGCAGAUGCCUUUCCAGCUGCAACACAUCUCUGUAAAAACAUUCAUACACACUUACUCACACUCAUACACUACGGACAAUUUAGCUUACCCAAUUCACCUGUACCACAUGUCUUUGAACUGUGGGGGAAACCGGAGCACCCAGGGGAAACCCAUGCGAACUCCACACAGAAACGACAACUGACCCAGCUGAGGCUCAAACCAGCGACUUUUUUGCUGUGAAACGACAGCACUACCUACUACGCCACUGCGUCGCCCUAUAUUAUAUUUAAUUAUAUUAUAUUAUUACUGCCAGGGCUAUUUAUAUCGAAGUUGAUAUUUAGCCGCACCAUAUUGGUGUUUCGUAACAUCUAGCUUUUUUUAUGAGGUGGGUGGUUAGCCCAUCGCUCAACCCCCAACCUGGAAAACCAUUAUAUUAUAUUAUUUUUACAUAUUACAUUAUACUAUAUUACAACAUACAGCAGGUAAAAAAAAGGAACUAGGAACUGGAUUUGACACCUGUGCUCUAAAUAAUUUCAUUACAUAAUAAAAAAAUGGUAUUACCAUAAUGUUCUGUAAAAAUGUUAGCACAGGAAUGGCCAAACUUCCUGUAGAUUUGAACUCCAACCACAAUUAGACACACCUGAACCAACUAAUCAAGCUUUUCACCAGAGCUGCAUUCGAAAUCGCAUUCUUCCAUACUAUAUAGUACGCUAAAAACAGUAUGCGAGCCGAGUACUAUGUCUUCAUAGAAUUCGAAAAACAGAAUGUGAGAAGUACCCAGAUGACCUACUACUUCUGGAAAAAUUCUAAAGUGCGCAUCUGAUGAACGCUAUGCUAUUCCAUGAUGCACCACGAGAGAAUUCAUGAAUGGGAGUGAGGAUGUUGCUAGAUCAGAUUUAUAUUAUUCAUUAAAUUUCUCAUUUAUUGUAUUUUAUAAACGUCUACCCCAACCCUAAACACAACCAUCACAGUAAUAUAAAAACAGUAGUUGUACAGAGUGUUAUUUAUUAAAUUACCCAAUAAAUAGUAUUUUAUUAACACCUACCCCAACCCUAAAUCCAGCCAUCACAGUAAUAUUCAAUAUUGUUAUACAGUGUUACAAAAAUGAUGCUAUAUAGAUGUGCGUAUCCACAGCUGUAUCCUAUUUAAACAGGUUAUUGAACGAAGUGACGUCAGUAGGUCACGUGAUGAUGACAAAAUGGCAGAUGUAGUACGCCCGAGUUCCAUUCAUACUACUCACAUUCAAACUGUAUAGAACAUACUUUUCUAACGGUCGAGAAGUACAUUUAAAUUCAAAUGCAGUACCUACUGAGUAGUAGGCGAGUUCGGACGCAGCCCAGGUAUUCCACAAAGCUUCUGCCGGGUGUAUUGAAGCAAGUUGGAGCUAAACUCUGCAGGACCCUCCAGGACCAAGUGUGGGCACCCAUUUUAGCAUUAUGUCAUGAUUUUCUUUUAUUAUUAGUAAUAAUAGUCUUGUUUAUAGAUUAUAUAAUUAAAAAUGUAAAAUAAUAAAAUAUAAUAUAAUAUUUAAUAAUUUCUUUAAAGACAUUUCUACAUUAGAAAUGAAGGCUAUCAAUGCAAAAACUGAUUUCAAAUGAAUUUUAUGUCCCAUUAGUAAACAAAUACGACAAUAGUUAUUACUACUUAUGCCAAAUCAUCACUUCCUUUUGAAAUUGAGGUUAAUUAUGACCUAGAGAUUUUUUUUUUCUUGCAAGAUUCACAUAUAUUGCGUUACUGAUGAGCCUAACAGCAAGGCACCCACCCACUGUUACAGCUUUAAACUACUUCCACCGCCAGUCUAAACAUGUUUUCCAGAACUUUUCUAUGAGCUUUUCCUAACUGUAAAUGAUUAAUGUACCAGCACUGAACAGUUGAAUGCAGUGCCUCUUUUCAACGGCGCAAGACAAAACACAGCCUUAUAUUUACUGUCUAUACAAUGUUCAUUUAACACUAUACAUUAAUCCAAACAUUCGAUCAAAAAAACAAAACAAAGAAACUAUUUCUAUUGGUCUGUUUUGUUUUACUUGUUGAUACAGCUCAAGAUUUUCUACUGCCCUUUAUAAAUUUGUGCUAUUUUGUAUAUCGCUUUGGUCAUUUUGACUAAUAUUGUGUGUUUGCUAGCACUUCUAGCAUUUUUAACCAAGGAUGUUGGGGUUGAGUGUUUGUUUAUUCUAGCGGUAACGUAUUCUGAAGUGCCUUUUCUAAAGUGAGUCACCAAAAGAUUUUCAUUGAAAUAUGCAAUAUUUAUUGACUGUAUGAUUUGAGUGUGUAUGAAAAGGGCUGUUCACACCAAGGAGAAAUAUAAUGAUAUGGUACUACAUAUAUAGGACAAAAUAUACACUGUGAUAUGCAGUAUGUGCACACUUUAAAUUUAAUGAUAACAACAGAAAUAAUAUAGAUUUAAAUUGAUUUAUAUAUAUAUAUAUAUAUAUAUAAAUUUUUUCAUCUGAUAAAUUGGAGAUGUAUAGUAACGAAAAGUCUACAUUUAAAAGGUAAUAAAUAAUAUAUAGGCUGAUAAAUAGACGUUUUUCAGAGCCGGAUUACAAAAACAAAAGGCAAAUAACUACAGCUGAUCACCGAUUGGAAAAAAAACAAAAAAUAUAUAAUAUAUAGAUAUUUUACCAAUUUACAAAUCUGAAAUUAUUCAUUUGGUCAAUAAUGAUGACUUCUGGUCUCAACUCUAGCUGAAUUUUGCUAGUGUAAUGGGAGACCACACCGCUGCAUUGAGCACUUGCAAUAAAAAAAAAAAACAUUGUUAUCUGUUUUAUUAUAGUUAUUAUUUUUGGUGUGAACAGGUCUUAAAGCUUUUAAAAGGACCUGCGAAUGACUUCAAGAAAAGACUGAAUGAGACGCUGGGAUGAUUUCAGUGAUUACGUGUAUGAAAUCAGACAUAAGAAUGAGUUAUGAUUAAAAGAGUUCUUUUACUACAAA